UAAUAAGUAACAUUAUUUUAUUAGAAUUCUUUUCUAUUAUUAUUAUUAUUAUAAUUUUAUAGUACAUAUUCGCACGCUUAUGGAGCCAACAUAAACUGCUACAAUAAUAUAUGCCCCAUAACCACCAGCCAACCACAUUGCCUCAUUCCAUCUCCACCGCUCAUUUACCGCCACGUCAUCUCCAUCCACGACAUCUCAUUGACUUCCCCCUACGCAUUUCUGUACAUCACUAUCACUGUUUGUAUUUUGUAUUUGACCUCUUCAAACUUCAAACCAAAACUUCAUCUUCUUUGCCAUCAAUGGCCACUGGGUUGCUCCGACCGGCGGUGUCUAGGGUUACGCCACUCUCGCCGCCCGCCAGGCCAAUAGUUUCCCGUGCCCACGCAUCCGCGGACCAGGCACAACAAGUGGAGCCCAAGGCGAAGCUCACCGCCAAACCCAAGACCUUCCAAAUCUACCGGUGGAACCCCGACGCACCCCAGCUCCAGGACUAUGAGAUUGAUCUAAAGGACUGCGGUCCAAUGGUUCUCGACGCCUUAAUCAAGAUCAAGAACGAGAUGGACCAAACACUCACUUUUCGCCGGUCCUGCUGUGAGAGAAUCUGCGGUUCGUGCGCUAUCAACAUCGAUGGGCGGAACGUAGCCUGUUUGACGAAAAUAUCAUCUGGUGGGCCCACGAUGAUCACCCCUCUGCCGCAUAUGUUCGUGAUCACGGAUUUGGCUGUGGAUAUGACGAAUUUUUAUAAUCAGUACAAGUCGAUCGAGCCGCUGAAGAGGAAGAAUCCGCCUUCGCCGCCGGGGAAGGAGAUUGUGCAGAGCAAGGAGGAUAGGAACAAGCUUUUUGGGAUGUAUGAAUGUAUCUGUGCCUGCUGUAGCACUUCCUGCACCAGCUACUGGUGGAACCCGGAGUCUUAUUUGGGUCCUGCCGCGCUUUUGCACGCCAAUAGAUGGAUAAUGGACAGUCGUGAUGAAUACCAAAAGCGUCUUGAUGCCAUAAAUGAUGAAUUCAAGCUGUAUCGCUGCCAUGCUAUAUUGAAUUGUGCUAAAGCCUGUCCAAAGGGACUCAAUCCUGGAAUGCAAAUCAGAACAUCAAGAAACUUGAGCUUUCAAUUUCUUUCAAGACUGAAAAAGUACACUGGAUGUAUGUAGGAAUUGGUUUAAUGAUUGAGCGUUCCCGGGUGAGAAUUCUGUGAUCUCUGGUUGUAACUUUUGCAAAUUCCAUAAAAUUUGUAACUUAGAAAAAGGUUUUAUGUUUAAAAGAAUAGAGUUUCCCGUCUCUUUUCAUUUAGGAAAAAAUGGUUCAGCUCGCACUUAGCAUGUCAUCUUGUAUGCAACCCAGAAAUAGAUGGAGAACCAGAUGUCUCUAGUUUUGUAUCAUAAUGCAGGAUUUGGCGACCAACAUUACCUGGUUGCCCAUGGGUUAUAACAUACUCGAGACGGAUUAAGUCGUGAAACUUUAUUCUCUGCUUUCUGGCCUUCCACUGUAAUUUGAAUGGGAUUACUUUUGCCCACCAGAUCAACCGCACUGGAGUUUUAUACUUCCUCGUUACAAAAUGUUAUG